UGACGCGGAGAAAAGGGGUAACAGAAGCGCCUUCGACGGCUGCCCCCUGUCAGAACAUCUAUCAGCACUGGCGCUGGAAAAGCUAAGGCGAUCCGACGUCUAGCUUUGGACGCCAAGAGACGUCGAGGGACUUCGUUCACUCCAACUCUCCCCCUGCAUCUUCCAGAUCUACUCGGCCUGCAGCCCAAGUGAAAAUGGUGGCUUACCCAGACCUGCCCGAAGUGGUGCCCGGGGAGCAUGUAUUGGUAGAUGUGGAUAAGCUCAGUGGCCAAAAGAGUCCGCUUGAGAAGAUGCCCUCACUGAAUGCCAGCAAGAAAGUGCUGCCAGAUGAUAAGUCACCCACCACCCCAGGUGGCUUCUCACUGGCCAGCACUGCCAGCAUUGCCACCAUCACCACAGUGGCCACUGUUGACGAGACUCCACAGGAGAAACAGGAGCUCUGGUACCACACCAUCCUGCAGGUCUCUGUGCCCUUCUUCCUGGCGGGUGCUGGCACCAUCGGCUCGGGGCUGCUGCUCGGCACUGUCGAGAAAUGGGCUGUGUUUGUGGAAAUAUCUUCACUGAUGAUCUUGGUGCCUUCCCUGACUGGACUUAAAGGAAAUUUGGAUAUGUGUCUCGCAUCUCGAUUGUCUACCCAAGCAAACUUAGGGCUCAUGGAUAGCAGGAGGGAGACAUUUCUCAUGGUGACAGGAAAUAUAGCCCUUGUACAGGUUCAGGCAAUUGUUGCUGCUAUAGUAGUAGCAAUAUUUGCUGUCUCUGUGAAUGCAAUCAUGGAAGGGGCAUUUCAGUACACACAUGCUCUCCUACUUGCUUCCUCAUCUCUUGCCACAGCUACAACAUCAUGCUUCGUUUUAGAUUUUGUACUGAGUGCUGUCAUAUUGAUAUCUCAUAAGCGGAAAAUGAAUCCAGAUAAUCUAGCUACUCCUUUAGCUGCAAGCAUAGGGGAUAUUGUUUCCCUUACACUUCUUGCCAACUUUGCAUCGAUUUUUUAUGAAGUACAUGAUGUCAGUCCCUGGGUAUCUGCUACUGUAGUUGCAUUUUACUUAUUGUUGCUGCCAGUAUGGAUAUAUGUUGUAUACCGUAACAAGUACACAAAGCCAGUUCUGUAUUCUGGAUGGGUUCCAGUACUUGGUGCUCUUCUCAUCAGUGGGUUUGGUGGUAUUGUCAUGAAUUCUGUCUACCAAAUGUUCAAUGGUUUUGUUGUGUUUCAACCAAUAAUUAAUGGAAUUGGUGGCAACCUUGUGUCUGUACAAGCUAGUCGCAUCUCCACCAUGCUACAUAAGACUUCACUCAAAGGAAUUAUUCCACCACAUACUAAAUUAUGGGUUUGGCCAUGGUCAGCUCUUUUCAAAGGAUUGCCACAUGCUGCCACUGCAAGGCUGUUGAUACUUCUGGCUGUCAUAGGACAAUCAAUUUUUGUAUUUAUAGCUGAUUUCUUCCAUGCCGGUGAAACCACCAUUGACUACAGAUUUGCUCUCACUUACAUAUUUGCCAGUCUGUUGCAAGUCAUGCUGCUGUUAUAUUUGGCUCACUUGUUCGUGCAUAUUAUGUGGAGAUGGAAAAGUGACCCAGAUAAUUCUGCUAUACCAUUUCUGACUGCCAUUGGUGAUCUCACAGGAUCAUCAUUCCUGGCAUUGGCAUUUGCUUUCUUGCAGGCUGUACAUGUAACAUAUAAUGGUUAAAGGUUGUACUUAUUAGAGAAAGAAAAUUUUCUAGAUGCUAUGGCCAUAUUAAUGGAUAACACUACAUUUGACAUCUGUAUCCAAAGUACUUUGAAUAUAGUUGUUAAAAUAAUGAUGUUCCUCCACAUGUGAUGUACACUCACAAUUCAAUAUUACUGCUGCUACAUGGAAAAUUGUAGGCAAAUUUAAAAACAGCAUGCUUGUCCUCUGAACAAUUUAGCACAUAGUUGCUAAUGUAGGUAUGAAGUACAAAAUGCUUGAGAUGAGGUGCAAUUAGCAUUUUGAGAGAAGUAGCAUCAAUAUUAAUAAUAGUAUCUCUCUACAUACAGUUGCAAAGUAAACUGAAUCAUUUGUAGCUUGCAUUAAUCGUUUGUAGAUAAUACUGAACUGAGUAUUUAACAUAAGAGGUACUCCACUAUAAUUGUGAAGACAUUGCAUAGGGUAAGCCAAAUAUCAUACUUGAUUCCAUGAAGAAUGUAACAGUGUAUCCAGCUAUGUCUGACAACAUAAACAACAAAGAACAGUAUUAUGUAAGGACUGAAUUAUUUAACAUUUUUUAUGUUUACAUCCUUCUCUUUAAUUGAGAAAGCGUGACAUAUAAUCCAAAUGCAAUUUUUCUGAAAUGUGCAGCUAAUAGUGCUUUGCCAAACAUUUUUGCAAUGCUUGAAUAAUGCACUGAUAUCAGUGUAAUUAACAACAUACAUUUUAAAAAUUGUGACUACAAAUUGUUGUUUAGUUGGUGCAUAAUACCAAAGCUGUUGGGAUUCACGCACAGUUCUGCAUAACAAAAAUUUUAUUGAGUUGUAUAGAGUAAGAGAAGGCUGUGUGUCUAAAUGUCAUCAUUUUGCAUCAAAUGUCUAUUUUCUCCUAAAUAAUGUGCCAUAAAGUAUGUAAUAAAGUAAGUAAUUGUGUAAUGCAUUUUAGAAUUUGAGAUACUCAUUGGCCACAAAGUUAUGACAAUCAUUAUUGUUACCAUCAACAAAAUAAUACUAUUAACAAUAACUUUUUAUGUACUUCAGCUACAACGCUGAGUCACUGACUGUGAUAAUUGUACCUGUGGAAGUGCAAUUCAUGUAUCUUCAUUAUCGUCCAAAUAAAUGACU